UUCGCUCAUAGUGAAGUUCUCUCCGAGCCGCAUACACGAACAGGAGUUGCAGGCUGAACCAAGAAAAGGCAAUUGAAAUCGCCAUGGCACCCGCGCCGCAGCUCGCAUGGAUCGGGCUGGGCAACAUGGGAAGGGGCAUGUGCAAGAACCUCAUCGAGAAGGGCAACCUUGACAAACCUCUCAUUCUCUACAACCGAACCAAGAGACGAUCUGAUGACCUUGCUGCACGCUUGGGUGCCGACAAGACGAAGGUCGUCGACACCAUCAACGAUGCAGUCAAGAGUGCCGACAUCAUCUUCAUGUGCUUGGGAGACGAUGCAGCUGUCAACUCGGCCGUGGAUGCCAUUCUCCAGGAAGACGUCAAGGGCAAAGUGGUGGUCGACGCAUCCACCGUGCACCCGGACACCACCAACGCUCUGGAGAAGCGUAUCACAGCAAAGGGCGCCGAGUUCGUUGGCAUGCCCGUCUUCGGUGCACCCGCCAUGGCCGACGCAGGCAGCCUCAUCUGCGUCCUCGCCGGCGCCGGCACUUCUGUGCACAAGGUGAAGCCCUUCACCAAAGGCGUCAUGGGCCGCGCUGAUAUCGACUACUCCGACCAACCCGCCGGCAACGCCACCCUCCUCAAGGUCAUCGGCAACACCUUCAUCCUAAACAUGAACGAGGUCCUCUCGGAAGGCCACGUGCUUGCCGAGAAGAGCGGCCUCGGCACCCAAAAUCUACACGCCUGGAUUGAGGCCAUGUUUCCCGGUCCUUAUGCUGCCUACUCGAGCCGCAUGUUAGCAGGAGAUUACUAUCAGAGAGACGAGCCGCUGUUUCACGUCGACCUUGCACGCAAGGACGCAAGGCACGCCAUGGCCAUUGCAGAAAAGGCUGGCGCGAGCGUCCCAGCGCUGAAGGUUGCAGACGCGCAUCUGGCCCAAGUGAAAGAACAUCUAGGCGACAAGGGAGACAUCCCUAGCAUCUAUGGAGCGGUCAGGAAAGAAAGCGGUUUGAAGUUUGAGAACAAGAAUUAGAUGUUCAAGAUUAAAUAAUCCACAUGUUGGUACGAUCCCAUAGCGCCGCUGCCUUGUACCUCGGAUCCACCAUUCCUGACAUGUUCAAGACGAAGUCAUCUACAACAUGUUGACACGUUCACCCAGUACCGCCGCUUCGUUAUGCCUUGGAUCCGUGGUUCCGAUGAUCCCAUCCGU